ACAUUGCUGCCUUGAAUGAACCUUAUAGGACAAAAGUCAACAAGACUACAAUCAACACAAAGCCACCACUCAAGCCUUCCUUUAGUCCGCAGAACGAAGGUCCAGAGAGUUUCAUGAAGAUUAUGGAGAGAGAUGCUGAAGACAGGAGGAUAAAGCGGAUUGCUAAAGAGAAAAAGGCAACUGCACUCAAAGACAAGGGGAAUGAAGCGUAUGCUCAAGGCGACUAUGAAACUGCUGUGAAGUAUUACAGUGAUGGCUUGGAUGAACUACGGGACAUGCAGCCAUUGUACACCAACCGAGCACAAGCCUACAUCAAGCUGGGAAAGUACAAAGAAGCCAUCAGUGACUGUGAAUGGGCCCUGAAGUGUAAUGAGAGGUGCAUAAAGGCUUAUGUACACAUGGGCAAAGCAUUUAUGGAACUGAAGAAAUAUAAUGAGUCCAGACACUGCUUUGAAAAGAUAGUGGAAAUUGAACCUGGAAGGGAGAAGAUGGUAAAAGAAUACCUGAUCCAGGUAGGUUUGGAAGCGGAGAGAGAGAAUCAGGAGAUGAAUGCGAGGGAGGAGUUUGACAAGGGAGAGGUGAAGGCCAGAACGGUGCCUCAGCUUCUUGAGAAGCUGUCAAGGCCCGGCCAGAUGCCCCUCUUCUACCGCGGAGGAUUGGAGCUUCUCUUACAAGCAGUUACUGACUGUACAGGCCAGACCCUUUUCAGACUGAACAAUGGCUUUAGUAUCAUCAGCAGCAAUGACAUGGUGAGGAGUUGCCUGUUGCCGAAUACAAAGGGUCCAGACAGCCAGCAGUUAUGUGUGUCUGUUCUGAAGUUAUGGAGGGUUAUUUGCUGUGGAAAUGAUGAAAACCAGAAGAUGUUGAUGACAUGCCCAGUCACCAGACAAGCCACUAUUGACUUAGUAACAUCAGAGCAUUUUGCAGUACGGAAAGAAUGUCUGGCAUUACUAUGUAUGUACUCACAGAUGCCACACAGCAGGCGUUUGGCCAUUGACAGCCUGAAUGUGCACAUGUUAGUGAGGAACCUCAUGGUGUGCAUCUCACAGCCAAAUCAGCAGCAGGAGAACACAGCGGUCAACAUUCUGGAGAACUUUGCAGCAGAAGACAAAUUUUGCUUUCAGUUAAGGAAUGUGUUGACAGACUCUGUCAUUGUGCCAUUUACAACAAUGCUGAGAAAUAUGACCAAUCAUCAUAUCCUUCCAUCACUGAUAUUGGCCAUUGGCUGUCUGGCUCGAGACGGCGUCAUCCGUCACAAACUUGCUCAUGAUCCAGAAUGUUGGAAGGCCUUUCUGGUUGCCAUUAGGCAGUGCAGUGCAUAUGAAUACAAAGAGAUCCUUUACUCUAUGCUUGGGCUGAUCAUCAGCCUUUCAACCAUGACUUCUCCAGUCAUCCAGGAGCAUGCGGUUUCACUCUGUGACUGCUGUCUGGGCCUGCUGAGGGACAGUGACGGAGGAGUAAUAACUAGAGUCACAGGUGUGCUGAGCACUGUCCUCCCUCAGUCCUCUGAGGCUGUUCUCCAUGUUAUCCAGGGGGAUGUGGUUCGGAGUAUGUGCCGGUUGCUGAAGAAAAGCGGGCCAACUGCCACCAAGUAUGCCAUUAAGACGCUGACAGUGUGCACUGCUGCCAGUCAUUUGGCACGGGAGGAGCUGGUGAAGUCUGAUAAAAAACUGUCUAUCUUACGUCAUUUGCUGGAUUCCAGCUGUGAUGAGAUGGUGUCAGGAAAUGCAGCCCUUUGCUUGGCCCACUGCCUUGAGUUGGAGGGAAUUGCCAGCAACCUGCUGGGCACUGAUAUUGUGCUACGGCUGCUGCGCAAUGCUGCAGGGGAUGCAAAGAAGACAGCUGUGCAGCAAAAUGCAGCGAUUGCUCUGGGGAAGCUGUGUCGAUCUGAGCCCAGACAUUUGAACAAACUUCGAGAAUUACACGGCCUUGAGAUCCUGCACUCCUGUAUGAAGCUCAUCACAUGAACUCCUGAUAACAUGUUUUACAAUCAUGCUUGUCAUCAGUCUUGUUCUCUUCUAUAUUCUAUUUAGACAAA